GUCACGCUACGCCCGUAUGCAUUCUACACUACGUGUUCCACGGAGCGGUCAUCAAUAAAGCACCCCUUGUGGCUACUUGGCCGCCGUAGGGUCUGAUGAGCCCUGCGCUGAGACCUCACGCCCGCAAUAUCGGGCUAUCUCAGGUGCUUUUAGUGCGCUUCGCUGGUGCAUAGACGUCGUAGCGGUAUAUAUUGUGAUGGGUUUCGGUCCCUGAGACCCCAGCAACUGUGCCGUUCUCGGUCUUUGGCUUACUAGCAGCCCGUGCCUUGCUAUGGGCUUGUCUCACAAUCGCCUUAUCCUAUGCGCGCUCCUAACUCUCACCGUCGCCGCAUCCAGUACCGUCCACCAGCGAUCGAGAUCCACACUGGGACUGAAUGACGCAGCUAAGGCGGCGAAGAAGCUCUACUUCGGUACGGCGACGAACGCUGACCAGUGGAACGACACUACCUACUAUGACAUCUUGAAGGACGAUGCCGAAUUUGGGCAGAUCACUCCUGCCAAUGUCAUGAAAUGGUUUGACACUGAGCCCGAGCCCGGCGUUUUCAACUUCACGGAUGGAGACGUUAUUGCGAAUUUCGCGAAGAGGACUGGCAAGAAGCUACGCGGGCACAAUUGCGUUUGGUAUAACCAGCUUCCGGGGUGGUUGCAAAACGGUACAUUCACUCGCGCAGAGCUAGCACUCAUUGUCGAGCGUCAUUGCUUCGAACUCGUGAACCACUACCGCGGCCAAGUCUACAGCUGGGACGUUAUCAAUGAGCCUUUCAACGAUGAUGGCACCUGGCGCUCGGACAUCUUCUACAACACGCUGAACACAACCUAUAUCCCAUUGGCGCUCCGCGCGGCUCGUCUUGCGGACCCUGGGGCGAAACUCUACAUCAACGAUUACAACAUUGAGGGUACCGGCGCAAAGGCAACGGCCUUGAAGAAUCUCGUCAAGGAUCUCAAGCAACAUGGCGUGCCCAUCGAUGGCGUCGGGAUCCAGGGCCACAUGAUCGUCGGCGAGCUCCCUACGACGAUCCAGCAAAACAUGGAAGAGUUCACAGCGCUCGGGAUCGAGGUCGCCGUCACCGAGCUCGAUAUCCGCUUCGACGCCCUGCCACCCACCGCCGAAGGGCUCGCACAACAGAAGGCUGAUUAUGAAACAUUCGUGCAAGCGUGCAAUGCCGUGCCGAGAUGUGUUGGCGUCACGGUCUGGGAUUUCACUGAUAAAUACUCAUGGGUUCCAAGCACGUUCCCCGGCCAGGGUGCCGCUUGUCCUUGGGACGAGAACUAUACGAAGAAGCCUGCCUACGACGGUAUCAUCGAGGGAUUUCGGUCCAAGUAGUGUAUACAUCUCGGUCUCUCAGUAUAAAUCACAGUGAAUUAUCAAUUGUUCAAAAUCUAUAACUGAAGGAAUGGACUAGUAAGUGCUAUCUAAGGGCGAACAGUCGUAAUUGCAUGUGACCGCUCCACUUAG